CAUACUGCAUAGAUUCCACCACUUCACAAUCGCCUCGAUUGCGACCUCGCUCCGGUUGGGCCAGACUCCCGCAAUAUGGAGAAGCGCAAGCACGAUGGUGGUGGUGACGCUGGGCCUCGCAAGGCGCCGAAAGCCAGCGGCGGUCUGUCAUUCGCGCAGAAAAUGAUGGCCAAGAUGGGCUACAAACAAGGCUCUGGUCUGGGGAAAGAAGGAGAGGGUAUCGUGAAUCCGAUCGAAGUCAAAUUGCGACCGCAAGGUGCUGGUGUGGGUGCCGUGAGCGAAAGGACGGAGCAGUACAAGCAGGAACAGAAGCGGGCGGCAGAAAAGCGCGGCGAGCAGUAUGAGGACAGCAGCGAGGAGGAGCGCAAAGCGCGAAGAGCGCGGAAGAAAAAGUCGCAAGGUGUGAGCAGCGGGACAAGUACUCCGGGAGGGGGUGGUGUAGGCGGUGCGCGGAAGCCAAAAACGAAGUACAGGACGGCAGCAGACAUUCAAGCCGCGGCGCCGGGAUUAGAUGUGCCACCGCAAAUGCUGAGCUCGAUUAUCGAUGCCACCGGGAGCCAGACGAAGACUCUAACGAGCGCUGCUGGUCUUAUGACCCCAGCAGGGUUCCAAACGGCCGACACGGAAGCCGAGAAGAUCGCCAAACGCGAGCGAUUGGAGCUGGAAGCUUUUAUUGAAGCCUGGCACGGCAUUCAGGAGCAGAAGGUCUACGCUGAAGAGCGCGCAGGUCAAAUUCAAAUCGAAGCAGAUCAGCAGAAGGACGAGGUCGAACGGAUGCAGGCUGUUGUUGAGGCUGUGGAGAACUUGCGCCUGGCCAUGAUCUCCAGCGUGACUGGUAGCGAAACGGAGUCUGAAUGGGCCUCGCUAGUCGCGAAGUUGAAAGACCUACAGGAGACCCACAAACAUGAUGUUCAGCGAUACGAGCUCGGAGAUGCUGCCAUCGGCGCCUUGUACCCACUCUUCAAGAAACGCCUAGCUGCAUGGGAUCCUAUUGAAGAGCCCGAUCUUCUGGUAUCUGAUCUGCUUCAGUUACAAUCUCUCCUCGGUCUGGGCACAAAGGACGAAGUUGUGACUGUACGGCACGUCAAUGAGCUCGACGAAGACUACGGGAGGUCGAAACGGCAAAAGGCCACUUCAUCUUACCAAACUAUGAUUCAUACUAUCUGGCUGCCCAAAAUACGCACCACGAUCACGAACUGGGACGUCCUCGAUCACGCGCCUUUGGUCAGGCUUGUAGAAUCCUGGCGGCCACUUUUACCGCCAUUCAUAUAUGCUCACUUGAUGGAUCAGCUCAUCGUGCCCAAGCUCGCAUCUGCACUCAAAACAUGGGAUCCAAAAGUUCGCACACACCACCACAAGAGGGUCACGCUGAAAUACGCUGCACCACACACAUGGCUCUUUCCGUGGCUGCCCUACCUUCCGCCUUAUCAACUCGACACUAAAUCCGCUGGCAGCUUACUAUCCAGCGUCAAAGACCGAUUACGAAGGGUUCUGGACAAUUGGGACAUCGCGACCGUACUUCCUGGCCUCACUGACUUCCGCAAUAUUCUCCAUUCUGAGCUCGAUCAUAUUCUGGUCCGACAUCUGCUUCCAAAGCUUGCUCGGCAUUUGUCGCUCGAAUUUGAAGUGGACCCCUCAGACCAAGAUCUGACGCCCCUCGAGAACAUCCUACGAUGGCAACCGCAUUUCAAAACGGAAGUCUUCGCGCGACUUCUCGUGGCAGAAUUCUUCCCGAAAUGGCUUUCAACUUUGCACCUGUGGCUAACCUCUGAAGGGGCCAUAAUCGGGGAAGUAGGUGAAUGGCUGAGUUGGUGGAAGCAGCAAAUUCCAGAGAAAAUAAGCAAGCAUCCUGAUGUCGCGAAAGAAUGGCAGAAAGGAGAUGAAAUGGUUAACAAGGCUCUCGACCUCAUGGACGAAGGCGUUUCAGUCUCCGAGCUGGCUGCUCCCGCUGCUGGACCAGUCCGCCCGAUUGCCAAAGAGGUCGGCAAGAAGCUCGAAGCACAAGCUGCCGCGACAACCCAACUGCCAGAUAAACCCGUGCCGGACUUUAGAGAUAUAGUGGAAGCUUGGUGUGCGGAAGAGGAUCUCAUGAUGGUCCCGCUUCGCGAGGCACAUCCUGAAAGUGGCGCACCGCUGUUCAGAAUUACAGCUAGUGCUACCGGAAAGGGUGGCGUGGUUGUCUAUCUUCAAGGCGAUGUUAUAUGGGGACAAAAGAAGGGCGACAGGACUAAGUACGAGAUACUGGGCAUGGAGGAGAAACUGAUUGAACGGGCCGAGGGGAAGUGAGCAUGAUGCGCAGCUACAGAUCGCUCAGGCCCAGUAUACCGCGCUCUGCAGUGCCACAAUCCCCUCGCGCUAUCCGCCGAUGCCGCCAUGCAUUGAGUGGUCAACAGCAACUUCCCAACUGCGACCUUACGGAAUCGGCGCAGUUGGGCCAAAGCUGAAAAGGUGAGCCUCACUGCUGCAUACUAGCAGGACAGCUACUCAAGCUUGGCUUUGGCUAAUCUGAUCUUCGUGCAAACCAAGCAGCGCUCGCAUAACGAGCUGUCCUCGACACAGGUUUGGGCUCGCAUGAAUGUACGAACGCAAAAAGAAGUCUAUUCAUUCCUAGCAUCGACCGCGGCCUCAUGGCAAGCACCCAGACCCAAAUGCCUCCCACCCUCGUCCCCCCUUCAGAUAUGCUCCUCCAAUCCUUUCCCAAUGAACCCGCUAACGCUGGAAAUCUUCAACGAAAGCGAUUCACUCAAAACCCUCUCCGCUUCCCAUCGCCACAGACAAUUACCCUCAGCCUUCUCAAGCGCGGUAAUGAGCGUAUACAAUUUCUUCCUGAGCUCCGAAGGUUGCAAUGGGAUCUUUGCGCCUCUCGCGGAGAAAUUGAAGAGUAAUUCCACAGCGUACACGACUUGUAGCCCGAGAACGUAAAACUCAGACUGCGUUGUCCAGCCAAGGGCGCCAUCUACAUUGUUUUCUG